AUGAAGUAAGAAAAAAAUUAUGGAGUGAGUCAAAAAAAAUCAAUGAAUAUGAAAAGAAAAUAAAUAGAAUUCAUUUUACAAAUUAUGAAAAAGUAAGUAAAAUAGACUCAAGCUUUCUUCUUAUAAUUGGAUUAAAAUCAGUAUAUGAUUUAUUUGUUGAAUUUGGAUAUGCAGCAAAGAGAUUAAAGCUUUUGGAUUCGAUUUCUAUUCAAAAAAUAACAGAUUUUUUGAAGAAACUUAAUAAUGUGUUAAAACAAACUAAAGAUUUAGUAAAAGUUUUUAAAGAGAGCGAAUUAUGUCUAAAAGAUUGUUGCUUUGAUUAUGUUGUAGAAAAUUUGUCACAAAUAGGCUGCUUAGUUAACAACUUUUGUACGCAAAUUAUAGUCAAAAAGAUUGUAAAAGAUUGA